AUGGAGGGGCACUCACGAGGGGGUGCGAGGGGCACUCACGAGGGGGUUCAAGGGGCACUCACGAGGGGGUGCGAGGGGCACUCACGAGGGGGUGCGAGGCGCACUCACGAGGGGGUGCGAGGGGCACUCACGAGGGGGUGCGAGGGGCACUUAAGAGAGGGUGCGAGGGGCACUCACGAGGGGGGUGCGAGGGGCACUCACGAGGGGGUGCAAGGGGCACUCACGAGGGGGGGGAAAGGGGCACUCACGAGGGGGAGCGAGGGGCACUCACAAGGGGGUGUAAGGGGCACUCACGAGGGGGUGCGAGGGGCACUCACGAGGGGGUGCGAGGGGCACUUUAGAGAGGGUGCGAGGGGCACUCACGAGGGGGGUGCGAGGGGCACUCACGAGGGGGUGCAAGGGGCACUCACGAGGGGGGGGAAAGGGGCACUCACGAGGGGGUGCGAGGGGCACUCACAAGGGGGUGCGAGGCGCACUCACAAGGGGGUGCGAGGGGCACUCACGAGGGGGUGCGAGGGGCACUCACGAGGGGGUGCGAGGGGCACUCACGAGGGGGUGCGAGGGGCACUCACGAGGGGGUGCGAGGGGCACUCACGAGGGGGUGCGAGGCGCACUCACGAGGGGGUGCGAGGGGCACUCACGAGGGGGUGCGAGGGGCACUCACGAGGGGGUGCAAGGGGCACUCACGAGGGGGUGCGAGGCGCACUCACGAGGGGGUGCGAGGGGCACUCACGAGGGGGUGCGAGGGGCACUCACGAGGGGAUGCGAGGGGCACUCACGAGGGGGUGCGAGGGGCACUUACGAGAGGGUGCGAGGGGCACUCACGAGGGGGGUGCGAGGGGCACUCACGAGGGGGUGCAAGGGGCACUCACGAGGGGGUGCAAGGGGCACUCACGAGGGGGUGCGAGGGGCACUCACGAGGGGGUGCGAGGCGCACUCACGAGGGGGUGCGAGGGCCACUCACGAGGGGGUGCGAGGGGCACUCACGAGGGGAUGCGAGGGGCACUCACGAGGGGGUGCGAGGGGCACUCACGAGGGGGUGCGAGGGGCACUCACGAGGGGGUGCGAGGCCCACUCACGAGGGGGUGCGAGGGGCACUCACAAGGGGGUGCAAGGGGCACUCACGAGGGGGUGCGAGGGGCACUCACGAGGGGGUGCGAGGGGCACUCACGAGGGGGUGCGAGGGGCACUCACGAGGGGGUGCGAGGGGCACUCACGAGGGGGUGCAAGGGGCACUCACGAGGGGGUGCAAGGGGCAUUCACGAGGGGGUGCGAGGGGCACUCACGAGGGGGUGUGAGGGGCACUUACGAGGGGGUGCGAGGGGCACUCACGAGGGGGGUGCGAGGGGCACUCACGAGGGGGUGCGAGGGGCACUCACGAGGGGGUGCGAGGGGCACUCACGAGGGGGUGCGAGGGGCACUCACGAGGGGGUGCGAGGGGCACUUACAUGGGGGUGCGAGGGGCACUCACGAGGGGGUGCGAGGGGCACUCACAAGGGGGUGCGAGGCGCACUCACGAGGGGGUGCGAGGGGCACUCACGAGGGGGUGCGAGCGGCACUCACGAGGGGGUGCGAGGGGCACUCACGAGGGGGUGCGAAGGGCACUCACGAGAGGGUGCGAGGGGCACUCACGAGGGGGGUGCGAGGGGCACUCAUGAAGGGGGGCACUCACGAGGGGGUGCAAGGAGCACUCACGAGGGGGUGCAAGGGGCACUCACGAGGGGGUGCGAGGGGCACUCACGAGGGGGUGCGAGGGGCACUCACGAGGGGGUGCGAGGGGCACUCACGAGGGGGUGCAAGGGGCACUCACGAGGGGGUGCAAGGGGCACUCACGAGGGGGUGCGAGGGGCACUCACGAGGGGGUGCGAGGCGCACUCACGCGGGGGUGCGAGGGGCACUCACGAGGGGGUGCGAGGGGCACUCACGAGGGGGUGCAAGGGGCACUCACGAGGGGGUGCGAGGGGCACUUACAUGGGGGUGCGAGGGGCACUCACGAGGGGGGUGCGAGGGGCACUCACGAGGGGGUGCGAGGGGCACUCACGAGGGGGUGCGAGGGGCACUCACGAGGGGGUGCGAGGGGCACUCACGAGGGGGUGCGAGGGGCACUCACGAGGGGGUGCGAGGGGCACUCACGAGGGGGUGCGAGGGGCACUCACGAGGGGGUGCGAGGAGCACUCACGAGGGGGUGCGAGGGGCACUCACGAGGGGGCGCACUCACGAGGGGGUGCGAGGGGCACUCACGAGGGGGUGCGAGGGGCACUCACGAGGGGGUGCAAGGGGCACUCACGAGGGGGUGCGAGGGGCCCUUACAUGGGGGUGCGAGGGGCACUCACGAGGGGGGUGCGAGGGGCACUCACGAGGGGGUGCGAGGGGCACUCACGAGGGGGUGUAAGGGGCACUCACGAGGGGGUGCGAGGGGCACUCACGAGGGGGUGCGAGGGGCACUCACAAGGGGGUGCGAGGCGCACUCACGAGGGGGUGCGAGGGGCACUCACGAGGGGCUGCGAGGAACACUCACGAGGGGGUGCGAGGGGCACUCACGUGGGGGUGCGAGGGGCACUCACGAGAGGGUGCGAGGGGCACUCACGAGGGGGUGCAAGGGGCACUCACGAGGGGGUGCAAGGGGCACUCACGAGAGGGUGCAAGGGGCACUCACGAGGGGGUGCAAGGGGCACUCACGAGGGGGUGCGAGGCGCACUCACGAGAGGGUGCGAGGGGCACUCACGAGGGGGUGCGAGGGGCACUCACGAGGGGAUGCGAGGGGCACUCACAAGGGGGUGCAAGGGGCACUCACGAGGGGGUGCGAGGGGCACUCACGAGGGGGUGCGAGGCGCACUCACGAGGGGGUGCGAGGGGCACUCACGAGGGGGUGCGAGGGGCACUCACGAGGGGGUGCGAGGGGCACUCACGAGGGGGUGCAAGGGGCACUCACGAGGGGGUGCAAGGGGCACUCACGAGGGGGUGCGAGGGGCACUCACGAGGGGGUGCGAGGGGCACUCACAAGGGGGUGCGAGGGGCACUCACGAGGCGGUGCAAGGGGCACUCACGAGGGGGUGCGAGGGGCACUCACGAGGGGGUGCGAGGGGCACUCACGAGGGGGUGCGAGGCCGCUCACGAGGGGGUGCGCACUCACGAGGGGGUGCGAGGGGCACUCACGAGGGGGUGCAAGGGGCACUCACGAGGGGGUGCGAGGGGCACUUACAUGGGGGUGUGAGGGGUACUCACGAGGGGGGUGCGAGGGGCACUCACGAGGGGGUGCCAGGGGCACUCACGAGGGGGUGCGAGGGGCACUCACGAGGGGGUGCAAGGGGCACUCACGAGGGGGUGCGAGGGGCACUCACGAGGGGGUGCGAGGCGAACUCACAAGGGGGUGCGAGGGGCACUCACGAGGGGGUGCGAGGGGCACUCACGAGGGGGUGCGAGGGGCACUCACAAGGGGGUGCGAGGAGCACUCACGAGGGGGUGCGAGGGGCACUCACGAGGGGGUGCGAGGCGCACUCACGAGGGGGUGCGAGGGGCACUCACGAGGGGGUGCGAGGGGCACUCACGAGGGGGUGCGAGGGGCACUCACGAGGGGGUGCGAGGGGCACUCACGAGGGGGUGCGAGGGGCACUCACGAGGGGGUGCGAGGGGCACUCACGAGGGGGUGCGAGGGGCACUCACGAGGGGGUGCGAGGGGCACUCACGAGGGGGUGCGAGGCGCAAUCACGAGGGGGUGCGAGGGGCACUCACGAGGGGGUGCGAGGGGCACUCACAAGAGGGGGCACUCACGAGGGGGUGCAAGGGGCACUCACGAGGGGGUGCAAGGGGCACUCACGAGGGGGUGCGAGGGGCACUCACGAGGGGGUGCGAGGGGCACUCACGAGGGGCUGCGAGGAACACUCACGAGGGGGUGCGAGGGGCACUCACGAGGGGGUGCGAGGGGCACUUACGAGAGGGUGCGAGGGGCACUCACGAGGGGGUGCAAGGGGCACUCACGAGGGGGUGCAAGGGGCACUCACGAGGGGGUGCAAGGGGCACUCACGAGGGGGUGCGAGGGGCACUCACGAGGGGGUGCGAGGCGCACUCACGAGAGGGUGCGAGGGGCACUCACGAGGGGGUGCGAGGGGCACUCAUGAGGGGAUGCGAGGGGCACUCACGAGGGGGUGCAAGGGGCACUCACGAGGGGGUGCGAGGGGCACUCACGAGGGGGUGCGAGGCGCACUCACCAGGGGGUGCGAGGGGCACUCACGAGGGGGUGCGAGGGGCACUCACGAGGGGGUGCGAGGGGCACUCACGAGGGGGUGCAAGGGGCACUCACGAGGGGGUGCAAGGGGCACUCACGAGGGGGUGCGAGGGGCACUCACGAGGGGGUGCGAGGGGCACUCACGAGGGGGUGCGAGGGGCACUCACGAGGCGGUGCAAGGGGCACUCACGAGGGGGUGCGAGGGGCACUCACGAGGGGGUGCGAGGGGCACUCACGAGGGGGUGCGAGGCCGCUCACGAGGGGGUGCGCACUCACGAGGGGGUGCGAGGGGCACUCACGAGGGGGUGCAAGGCGCACUCACGAGGGGGUGCGAGGGGCACUUACAUGGGGGUGUGAGGGGUACUCACGAGGGGGGUGCGAGGGGCACUCACGAGGGGGUGCCAGGGGCACUCACGAGGGGGUGCGAGGGGCACUCACGAGGGGGUGCAAGGGGCACUCACGAGGGGGUGCGAGGGGCACUCACGAGGGGGUGCGAGGCGAACUCACAAGGGGGUGCGAGGGGCACUCACGAGGGGGUGCGAGGGGCACUCACGAGGGGAUGCGAGGGGCACUCACGAGGGGGUGCGAGGGGCACUCACGAGGGGGUGCGAGGGGCACUCAUGAGGGGGGUGCGAGGGGCACUCACGAGGGGGUGCAAGGGGCACUCACGAGGGGGUGCGAGGCGCACUCACGAGGGGGUGCGAGGGGCACUCACGAGGGGGUGCGAGGGGCACUCACGAGGGGGUGCGAGGCGCACUCACGAGGGGGUGCGAGGGGCACUCACGAGGGGGUGCGAGGGGCACUCACGAGGGGGUGCGAGGGGGUGCGAGGGGCACUCACGAGGGGGUGCGAGGGGCACUCACGAGGGGGUGCGAGGGGCACUCACGAGGGGGUGCGAGGGGCACUCACGAGGGGGUGCGAGGGGCACUCACGAGGGGGUGCGAGGGGCACUCACGAGGGGGUGCGAGGGUCACUCACGAGGGGGUGCGAGGCGCACUCACGAGGGGGUGCGCACUCACGAGGGGGUGCGAGGGGCACUCACGAGGGGGUGCGAGGGGCACUCACGAGGGGGUGCGAGGGGCACUCACGAGGGGGUGCGAGGGGCACUCACGAGGGGGUGCGAGGGGCACUCACGAGGGGGUGCGAGGCGCACUCACGAGGGGUUGCGAGGGGCACUCACGAGGGGGUGCGAAGGGCACUCACAAGGGAGUGCGAGGGGCACUCACGAGGGGGUGCGAGGGGCACUCACGAGGGGGUGCGAGGCGCACUCACGAGGGGGGGCACUCAUGAGGGAGUGCGAGGGGCACUCACGAGGGGGUGUGAGGGGCACUCACGAGGGGGUGCGAGGGGCACUCACGAGGGGGUGCGAGGGGCACUCACGAGGGGGUGCGAGGGGCACUCACGAGGGGGUGCGAGGGGCACUUACGAGAGGGUGCGAGGGGCACUCGCGAGGGGGUGCGAGGGGCACUCACGAGGGGGUGCGAGGGGCACUCACGAGGGGGUGCGAGGCGCACUCACGAGGGGGUGCGCACUCACGAGGGGGUGCGAGGGGCACUCACGAGGGGGUGCGAGGGGCACUCACGAGGGGGUGCGAGGGGCACUCACGAGGGGGUGCGAGGGGCACUCACGAGUGGGUGCGAGGGGCAGUCACGAGGGGGUGCGAGGGGCACUCACGAGGGGGUGCGAGGCGCACUCACGAGGGGGUGCGAGGGGCACCCACGAGGGGGUGCGAGGGGCACUCACAAGAAGGGGCACUCACGAGGGGGUGCAAGGGGCACUCACGAGGGGGUGCGAGGCGCACUCACGAGGGGGUGCGAGGGGCACUCACGAGGGGGUGCGAGGGGCACUCACGAGGGGGUGCGAGGGGCACUCACGAGGGGGGGCACUCACGAGGGGGUGCGAGGCGCACUCACGAGGGGGUGCGCACUCACGAGGGGGUGCGAGGGGCACUCACGAGGGGGUGCGAGGGGCACUCACGAGGGGGUGCGAGGGGCACUCACGAGUGGGUGCGAGGGGCACUCACGAGAGGGUGCGAGGGGCACUCACGAGGGGGUGCGAGGCGCACUCACGAGGGGGUGCGAGGGGCACCCACGAGGGGGUGCGAGGGGCACUCACAAGAAGGUGCGAAUGGCACUGACAAGGGGGUGCAAGGGGCACUCACGAGGGGGUGCGAGGGGCACUCAUGGGGGGGGUGCGAGGGGCACUCACGAGGGGGUGCAAGGGGCACUCACGAGGGGGUGCGAGGCGCACUCACGAGGGGGUGCGAGGGGCACUCACGAGGGGGUGCGAGGGGCACUCACGAGGGGGUGCGAGGGGCACUCACGAGGGGGGGCACUCACGAGGGGGUGCAAGGGGCACUCACGAGGGGGUGCGAGGCGCACUCACGAGGGGGUGCGAGGGGCACUCACGAGGGGGUGCGAGGGGCACUCACGAGGGGGUGCGAGGGGCACUCACGAGGGGGUGCGAGGCGCACUCACGAGGGGGUGCGAGGGGCACUCACGAGGGGGUGCGAGGGGCACUCACGAGGGGGUGCGAGGGGCACUCACGAGGGGGUGCGAGGGGCACUCAUGAGGGGGUGCGAGGGGCACUCACGAGGGGGUGCGAGGGGCACUCACGAGGGGGUGCGAGGGGCAAUCACGAGGGGGUGCGAGGCGCACUCACGAGGGGGUGCGAGGGGCACUCACGAGGGGGUGCGAGGGGCACUCACGAGGGGGUGUGAGGGGCACUCACGAGGGGGUACGAGGGGCACUCACGAGGGGGUGCGAGGGGCACUUACGAGGGGGUGCGAGGGGCACUCACGAGGGGGUGCGAGGGGCACUCACGAGGGGGUGCAAGGGGCACUUACGAGAGGGUGCGAGGGGCACUCACGAGGGGGUGCGAGGGGCACUCACGAGGGGGUGCGAGGCGCACUCACGAGGGGGUGCGCACUCACGAGGGGGUGCGAGGGGCACUCACGAGGGGGUGCGAGGGGCACUCACGAGGGGGUGCGAGGGGCACUCACGAGUGGGUGCGAGGGGCACUCACGAGAGGGUGCGAGGGGCACUCACGAGGGGGUGCGAGGCGCACUCACGAGGGGGUGCGAGGGGCACCCACGAGGGGGUGCGAGGGGCACUCACAAGAAGGUGCGAAUGGCACUGACAAGGGGGUGCAAGGGGCACUCACGAGGGGGUGCGAGGGGCACUCAUGGGGGGGGUGCGAGGGGCACUCACGAGGGGGCGCACUCACGAGGGGGUGCGCACUCACGAGGGGGUGCGAGGGGCACUCACGAGGGGGUGCGAGGGGCACUCACGAGGGGGUGCGAGGGGCACUCACGAGGGGGUGCGAGGGGCACUCACGAGUGGGUGCAAGGGGCACUCACGAGGGGGUGCGAGGGGCACCCACGAGGGGGUGCGAGGGGCACUCACAAGAAGGUGCGAAGGGCACUGACAAGGGGGUGCAAGGGGCACUCACGAGGGGGUGCGAGGGGCACUCAUGAGGGGGGUGCGAGGGGCACUCACGAGGGGGUGCAAGGGGCACUCACGAGGGGGUGCGAGGCGCACUCACGAGGGGGUGCGAGGGGCACUCACGAGGGGGUGCGAGGGGCACUCACGAGGGGGUGCGAGGGGGUGCGAGGGGCACUCACGAGGGGGUGCGAGGGGCACUCACGAGGGGGUGCGAGGGGCACUCACGAGGGGGUGCGAGGGGCACUCACGAGGGGGUGCGAGGGGCACUCACGAGGGGGUGCGAGGGGCACUCACGAGGGGGUGCGAGGGGCACUCACGAGGGGGUGCGAGGGUCACUCACGAGGGGGUGCGAGGCGCACUCACGAGGGGGUGCGCACUCACGAGGGGGUGCGAGGGGCACUCACGAGGGGGUGCGAGGGGCACUCACGAGGGGGUGCGAGGGGCACUCACGAGGGGGUGCGAGGGGCACUUACGAGGGGGUGCGAGGGGCACUCACGAGGGGGUGCGAGGCGCACUCACGAGGGGUUGCGAGGGGCACUCACGAGGGGGGGCACUCACGAGGGGGUGCGAGGCGCACUCACGAGGGGGUGCAAGGGGCACUCACGAGGGGGUGUAAGGGGCACUCAUGAGGGGGUGGGAGGGGCACUCAUGAGGGAGUGCGAGGGGCACUCACGAGGGGGUGUGAGGGGGACUCACGAGGGGGUGCGAGGGGCACUCACGAGGGGGUGCGAGGGGCACUCACGAGGGGGUGCGAGGGGCACUCACGAGGGGGUGCGAGGGGCACUUACGAGAGGGUGCGAGGGGCACUCGCGAGGGGGUGCGAGGGGCACUCACGAGGGGGUGCGAGGGGCACUCACGAGGGGGUGCGAGGCGCACUCACGAGGGGGUGCGCACUCACGAGGGGGUGCGAGGGGCACUCACGAGGGGGUGCGAGGGGCACUCACGAGGGGGUGCGAGGGGCACUCACGAGGGGGUGCGAGGGGCACUCACGAGUGGGUGCGAGGGGCAGUCACGAGGGGGUGCGAGGGGCACUCACGAGGGGGUGCGAGGCGCACUCACGAGGGGGUGCGAGGGGCACCCACGAGGGGGUGCGAGGGGCACUCACAAGAAGGGGCACUCACGAGGGGGUGCAAGGGGCACUCACGAGGGGGUGCGAGGCGCACUCACGAGGGGGUGCGAGGGGCACUCACGAGGGGGUGCGAGGGGCACUCACGAGGGGGUGCGAGGGGCACUCACGAGGGGGUGCGAGGCGCACUCACGAGGGGGUGCGAGGGGCACUCACGAGGGGGUGCGAGGGGCACUCACGAGGGGGUGCGAGGGGCACUCACGAGGGGGUGCGAGGGGCACUCACGAGGGGGUGCGAGGGGCACUCACGAGGGGGUGCGAGGGGCACUCACGAGGGGGUGCGAGGGGCACUCACGAGGGGGUGCGAGGGGCACUCACGAGGGGGUGCGAGGCGCACUCACGAGGGGGUGCGAGGCGCACUCACAAGGGGGUGCGAGGGGCACUCACGAAGGGGGUGCGAGGGGCACUCACGAGGGGGUGCGAGGGGCACUCACGAGGGGGUGCGAGGGGCACUCACGAGGGGGUGCGAGGCGCACUCACGAGGGGGUGCGAGGGGCACUCACGAGGGGGUGCGAGGGGCACUCACGAGGGGGUGCGAGGGGCAGUCACGAGGGGGGUGCGAGGGGCACUCACAAGGGGGUGCGAGGGGCAGUCACGAGGGGGGUGCGAGGGGCACUCACGAGGGGGUGCGAGGGGCAAUCACGAGGGGGUGCGAGGGGCACUCACGAGGGGGUGCGAGGGGCACUCGCGAGGGGGUGCGAGGCGCACUCACGAGGGGGUGCGAGGGGCACUCACGAGGGGGUGCGAGGGGCACUCACGAGGGGGUGCGAGGGGCACUCACGAGGGGGUGCGAGGGGCACUCACAAGGGGGUGCAAGGGGCACUCACGAGGGGGGUGCGAGGGGCACUCACGAGGGGGUGCAAGGGGCACUCACGAGGGGGUGCGAGGCGCACUCACGAGGGGGUGCGAGGGUCACUCAGGAGGGGGUGCGAGGGGCACUCACGAGGGGGUGCGAGGGGCACUCACGAGGGGGUGCCAGGCGCACUCACGAGGGGGUGCGAGGCGCACUCACGAGGGGGUGCGAGGGGCACUCACGAGGGGGUGCGAGGGGCACUCACGAGGGGGUGCGAGGGGCACUCACAAGGGGGUGCAAGGGGCACUCACGAGGGGGGUGCGAGGGGCACUCACGAGGGGGUGCAAGGGGCACUCACGAGGGGGUGCGAGGCGCACUCACGAGGGGGUGCGAGGGUCACUCAGGAGGGGGUGCGAGGGGCACUCACAAGGGGGUGCGAGGGGCACUCACGAGGGGGUGCGAGGGGCACUCACGAGGGGGUGCGAGGGGCACUCACGAGGGGGUGCGAGGGGCACUCACGAGGGGGUGCGAGGGGCACUCACGAGGGGGUGCGAGGGGCACUCACGAGGGGGUGCGAGGGGCACUCACGAGGGGGUGCGAGGGGCACUCACGAGGGGGUGCGAGGGGCACUCACGAGGGGGUGCGAGGGGCACUCACGAGGGGGUGCGAGGGGCACUCACGAGGGAGUGCGAGGGGCACUCACGAGGGGGUGCGAGGGGCACUCACGAGGGGGUGCGAGGGGCACUCACGAGGGGGUACGAGGGGCACUCACAAGGGGGUGCGAGGGGCACUCACGAGGGGGGUGCGAGGGGCACUCACGAGGGGGUGCGAGGGGCACUCAUGAGGGGGUGCGAGGCGCACUCACGAGGGGGUGCGAGGCGCACUCACGAGGGGGGGCACUCACGAGGGGGUGCGAGGCGCACUCACGAGGGGGUGCGAGGCGCACUCACGAGGGGGUGCGAGGGGCACUCACGAGGGGGUGCGAGGGGCACUCACAAGGGGGUGCAAGGGGCACUCACGAGGGGGUGCGAGGCGCACUCACGAGGGGGUGCGAGGGGCACUCACGAGGGGGUGCGAGGCGCACUCACGAGGGGGUGCGAGGGGCACUCACGAGGGGGUGCGAGGGGCACUCACGAGGGGGUGCGAGGGGCACUCACGAGGGGGUGCGAGGGGCACUCACGAGGGGGUACGAGGGGCACUCACGAGGGGGUGCGAGGGGCACUUACGAGGGGGUGCGAGGGGCACUCACGAGGGGGUGCGAGGCGCACUCACGAGGGGGUGCGAGGUGCACUCACGAGGGGGUGCGAGGUGCACUCACGAGGGGGUGCGAGGGGCACUCACGAGGGGGUGCGAGGGGCACUCACGAGGGGGUGCGAGGCGCACUCACGAGGGGGUGUGAGGGGCACUCACGAGGGGGUACGAGGGGCACUCACGAGGGGGUGCGAGGGGCACUUACGAGGGGGUGCGAGGGGCACUCACGAGGGGGUGCGAGGGGCACUCACGAGGGGUUGCGAGGGGCAGUCACGAGGGGGUGCGAGGGGCAAGGGGCACUCACGAGGGGGUGCGAGGGGCACUCACGAGGGGGUGCGAGGCGCACUCACGAGGGGGUGCGCACUCACGAGGGGGUUCGAGGGGCACUCACGAGGGGGUGCGAGGGGCACUCACGAGGGGGUGCGAGGCGCACUCACGAGGGGGUGCGAGGCGCACUCACGAGGGGGUGCAAGGGCACUCACGAGGGGGUGCGAGGGGCACUCAAGAGGGUGUGCAAGGGGCACUCACGAGGGGGUGCGAGGGGUACUAACGAGGGGGUGCGAGGGACACUCACGAGGGAGUGCGAGGGGCACUCACGAAGGGGUGCGAGGGGCACUCACGAGGGGGUGCGAGGCGCACUCACGAGGGGGUGCGAGGGGCACUCACGAGGGGGUGCGAGGGGCACUCACGAGGGGGUGCGAGGGGCACUCACGAGAGGGUGCGAGGGGCACUCACGAGGGGGUGCGAGGGGCACUCACGAGGGGGUGCGAGGGGCACUCACGAGGGGGUGCGAGGGGCACUCACGAGGGGGUGCGAGGGGCACUCACGAAGGGGUGCGAGGGGCACUCACGAGGGGGUGCGAGGGGCACUCACGAGGGGGUGCGAGGCGCACUCACGAGGGGGUGCGAGGCGCACUCACGAGGGGGUGCGAGGGGCACUCACGAGGGGGUGCGAGGGGCACUCACAAGAAGGUGCGAAGGGCACUCACAAGGGGGUGCGAGGGGCACUCACGAGGGGGUGCGAGGGGCACUCACGAGGGGGUGCGAGGGGCACUCACGAGGGGGUGCGAGGCGCACUCACGAGGAGGUGCGCACUCACGAGGGGGUGCGAGGGGCACUCACGAGGGAGUGCGAGGGGCACUCACGAGGGGGUGCGAGGGGCACUCACGAGGGGGUGCGAGGCGCACUCACGAGGGGGUGCGAGGGGCACUCACGAGGGGGUGCGAGGGGCACUCACAAGGGGGUGCAAGGGGCACUCACGAGGGGGGUGCGAGGCGCACUCACGAGGGGGUGCGAGGGGCACUCACGAGGGGGUGCGAGGGGCACUCACGAGGGGGUGCGAGGGGCACUCACGAGGGGGUACGAGGGGCACUCACGAGGGGGUGCGAGGGGCACUCACGAGGGGGUGCGAGGGGCACUCACGAGGGGGUGCGAGGGGCACUCACGAGGGGGUGCGAGGGGCACUCACGAGGGAGUGCGAGGGGCACUCACGAGGGGGUGCGAGGGGCACUCACGAGGGGGUGCGAGGCGCACUCACGAGGGGGUGCGAGGGGCACUCACGAGGGGGUGCGAGGGGCACUCACAAGGGGGUGCAAGGGGCACUCACGAGGGGGGUGCGAGGGGCACUCAGGAGGGGGUGCAAGGGGCACUCACGAGGGGGUGCGAGGCGCACUCACGAGGGGGUGCGAGGGGCACUCACGAGGGGGUGCGAGGGGCAGUCACGAGGGGGUGCGAGGGGCAGUCACGAGGGGGGUGCGAGGGGCAGUCACGAGGGGGUGCGAGGGGCACUCACGAGGGGGUGCGAGGGGCACUCGCGAGGGGGUGCGAGGGGCACUCGCGAGGGGGUGCGAGGCGCACUCGCGAGGGGGUGCGAGGGGCACUCACGAGGGGGUGCGAGGGGCACUCACGAGGGGGUGCGAGGGGCACUCACGAGGGGGUGCGAGGGGCACUCAAGAGGGUGUGCAAGGGGCACUCACGAGGGAGUGCGAGGGGCACUCACGAGGGGGUGCGAGGGGCACUCACGAGGGAGUGCGAGGGGCACUCACGAAGGGGUGCGAGGGGCACUCACGAGGGGGUGCGAGGCGCACUCACGAGGGGGUGCGAGGGGCACUCACGAGGGGGUGCGAGGGGCACUCACGAGGGGGUGCGAGGGGCACUCACGAGGGGGUGCGAGGGGCACUCACGAGAGGGUGCGAGGGGCACUCUCACGAGGGGGUGCGAGGGGCACUCACGAGGGGGUGCGAGGGGCACUCACGAGGGGGUGCGAGGGGCACUCACGAGGGGGUGCGAGGGGCACUCACGAGGGGGUGCGAGGGGCACUCACGAGGGGGUGCGAGGGGCACUCACGAGGGGGGGCACUCACGAGGGGGUGCGAGGGGCACUCACGAGGGGGUGCGAGGGGCACUCACGAGGGGGGUGCGAGGGGCACUCACGAGGGGGGUGCGAGGGGCACUCACGAGGGGGUGCGAGGCGCACUCACGAGGAGGUGCGCACUCACGAGGGGGUGCGAGGGGCACUCACAAGAAGGUGCGAAGGGCACUCACAAGGGGGUGCAAGGGGCACUCACGAGGGGGUGCGAGGGGCACUCACGAGGGGGUGCGAGGGGCACUCACGAGGGGGUGCGAGGCGCACUCACGAGGAGGUGCGCACUCACGAGGGGGUGCGAGGGGCACUCACGAGGGGGUGCGAGGGGCACUCACGAGGGGGUGCGAGGGGCACUCACGAGGGAGUGCGAGGGGCACUCACGAGGGGGUGCGAGGGGCACUCACGAGGGGGUGCGAGGCGCACUCACGAGGGGGUGCGAGGGGCACUCACGAGGGGGUGCGAGGGGCACUCACAAGGGGGUGCAAGGGGCACUCACGAGGGGGGUGCGAGGGGCACUCACGAGGGGGUGCAAGGGGCACUCACGAGGGGGUGCGAGGCGCACUCACGAGGGGGUGCGAGGGGCACUCACGAGGGGGUGCGAGGGGCACUCACGAGGGGGUGCGAGGGGCACUCACGAGGGGGUGCGAGGGGCAGUCACAAGGGGGUGCGAGGGGCAGUCACAAGGGGGGUGCGAGGGGCACUCACGAGGGGGUGCGAGGGGCAAUCACGAGGGGGUGCGAGGGGCACUCGCGAGGGGGUGCGAGGGGCACUCGCGAGGGGGUGCGAGGCGCACUCGCGAGGGGGUGCGAGGGGCACUCGCGAGGGGGUGCGAGGGGCACUCACGAGGGGGUGCAAGGGGCACUCACGAGGGGGUGCGAGGGGCACUCACGAGGGUGUGCGAGGGGCACUCACGAGGGUGUGCGAGGGGCACUCACGAGGGGGUGCAAGGGGCACUCACGAGGGGGUGCGAGGGGCACUCACGAGGGGGUGCAAGGGGCACUCACGAGGGGGUGCGAGGGGCACUCACGAGGGGGUGCGAGGGGCACUCACGAGGGGGGUGCGAGGGGCACUCACGAGGGGGGUGCGAGGGGCACUCACAUACCCUCCUCCCACUGCUGCACCCGCAGCAGGGGGAUGGAGGAGAAGGGGGGGGGGGGGGGGGGGGGGGGGGGCGGGGGGGGCUUGUACUGCAGAUCCCUUCCCGCCACCCCCAUACCCCCCCCCCUCCCCACUGCUGCACCCGCAGCAGGGGGGUGGAGGAGAAGGGGAGGGGCGGUGUAG